GAAAAAUAGUAGUCAUUUUUCAUGAAAUUAUUCCUGACAUUUUGUUUUUUGUUUCAGAAUCCUUACAAGAGCCAAGAUUUACCACGCAACCAUCCGGUAUUAGUAAUAUACUUAUAGAAAAUAGGACUAAGAUUCUUCAAUGUCAAGCGCGUGGGUAUCCUCCACCAAAAUACAGAUGGUUCAAAGACGGCGUCGCGCUGAGUAAUGAGUUCACAUCAGAGUCAUUUUGGAGAAUUCAAAAUGCGAAUAAAAAAGACGCUGGAGUUUAUUACUGCGUCGCUAGCAAUGAAGUCGGCUCAAUUUUCAGCGAACGCGUUACCUUCUCGGUAGCAUAUAUGGGAGUAUUUAAGGACCAAAAAGAAAAGGUAAUAAGUGUCGGUUACGGUGAAGCAGCUAUUCUAGAGCUACCUCCUAUCGAGAGUCAUCCAACACCCGACGUCACCUGGUCAACGCCAGACGGGCCAGUACCUUAUGGUAUUAAAUAUGCAACGAGUCAACGCCGGCUUCUCAUCUUGAAUGCCGGCGACAAUGAUGAAAACUUGUAUAGAGCUCGGGCUAUGAACACACAAAUAGGCAAAGAAGAGUACAGUCCGUACUUCAAACUAGAGGUGAUUGGAGAUCCGAGUAUUGAAGUCGCACCUUCGAUUAUUAUCGCUCCAAAUGAUACACAGAUAGUUAGAGAUCAACCAGUCACUUAUCUCGACUGUAUUGCAAACGCUAGAUCAUUGCACGAGCUCAGAAUCCUCUGGACAAAAGACGGCGUACCAAUUGAAAAUGCCCGUAUCUCAUACAGCUUCAAUGACUUGUGGAACAGAACCCUGGAACUUAUUUCAGCUAAUCUAACGUAUACUGGAGUCUACACGUGUCAUGUAACGCUCCGCAGUGGAGGAUAUCCGAUGAUUAAUGCCAGUGCCAGAGUUGACGUCUUCGAAAAACCUACAUUUGCCAACGAAUUUAAACGGGAGACACACGGUGACUAUGGAUCCGCUGUUACGAUUCCUUGCGAAGUUGUUGGCGUUCCUAUGCCUAAGAUUAGUUGGUACCACAAUGCUGAGCCAGUUGAUCCUUUCAUUGGAACUAAGUUUGAUGUCAAAGAAGAUGGUUCGUUGGUUAUCAAUCGCCUAACAAUGGAUUAUGCAGGAAUGUUUCAAUGUCUGGCGUCAAACGAUGCGGGUGAAUCUUCUAGUUACACUUGGCUAAAAGUCAAGACAAGCAAAUCCGGAAUGAACUUUGUGAAGAGAGUGCCCCGAUGGGCUGCAGGCUACCGAGUAGUCAGGGUACGACAGUCCGACCGGCGCUUUGAAUUCACUCAUUACCCAGAGACUUCGACCCCAAUUAUGGAGACUGGUCCAAAGAAUAUAACUGUUUUGGAUGGUAAAGAUGUGACAAUUGUCUGCAGAGCUGUUGGCGCGCCGAUUCCUAAUACAACUUGGAUUUUUAAUGAUACAAUACCAGUGGAAAUAGCCGGCCGUGUCCAACUGCUCGAUACAGGGGACCUUUCAAUCUUAGCAGUGAACGUGAAUGACGCAGGAAAGUAUACUUGUAUACGUUCAAACGAUGCGGGCUCGGUCAAUGGCUCAGGUUAUCUGUCAGUUCACGUUCGAACCCAAAUCAUCCGACCUCCGAGCGACACAUCAGUACUUUUGGGACACACAGCAAAGCUUGAAUGCAAAGUCUCCAACGACCCAAGUGUCCCGUAUGACAUCGACUGGUUCUACAACUCCCAGUUGAUAAAUCGAGCUAGCUCUCGCAUAAAAAUGCGACAUGACGGGACUUUGGAGAUCGGCGCAGUCCGUGCAUCUGACGUCGGUGAUUACACCUGUUCUGUGCUGUCUCCAGGUGGUAAUGAGACACGCAGUGCAAGGCUGAGUGUAAUUGAGCUUCCCUUCGCUCCAAUGAAGGUAGUUGCCGAACGCAUGGAGAGUAUUUCCCCGCGUUCUGUCAACGUUACUUGGGUGCCAGGAUUUGACGGCAACAGUCAAAUAAAAAAAUUUGUAGUUGAACGCCGAGUGGUACCAGAAACUGGACCCAUAGCCGAUUCACUGUCAAACUGGGUCGUGGAGAAUGACAAUGUGUCCUCUCAAGUUCGCUGGUGUCUUCUGGAAGAGUUAAAAGCGGCUGCUGCUUAUCAAUUUCGGGUUACAGCUGUCAAUCUCGUUGGCGAGGGACCUCCUUCUGAGCCGAGUAACGUUGUCAUUCUUCCUCAAGAACCGCCAUCAGGACCACCCGUUGGAUUCGUCGGGUCAGCUAGAUCUGACUCUGAAAUUAUCACUCAGUGGCAGCCGCCGUUAGACGAGCACUGCAAUGGCCACAUCCUCGGUUACAUUUUAAGGUACCGCCUUCACGGUUACUACAAUCAGAGUCCCUGGAUAAUUCAAAACAUCACCAAUGAAGCUCAAAAAAAUUAUUUGCUGUCUGAUUUAAUCACCUGGAAGGAUUAUCUUGUACAAGUUGCUGCGUACAAUGACAAAGGCGUCGGAGUAUUUACAGAGGGAUUGAUCAUCAAGACUAAAGAAGGAGUUCCUGAAGCUCCACCGACCAAUGUUAAAGUUAAAGCGAUAAAUUCAACGGCAGUCCAAGUCUGGUGGAAACCUCCAAAUCCCCAAAAAAUAAAUGGUAUUAAUCAAGGGUACAAAUUACAAGCUUGGACGGGAGGAAAUUUUAGCGAAGAAAAUGAAUUCAAAGCCAUGAAAGUACCACCGAGUCUUUUCGAUCCGCUUGCUGAGCAAUCGGCUAUCAUAAGCGGGUUAAAAAAGUACGCGCUGUACAACAUCACGGUUCUCUGCUUCACCGAUCCGGGUGAUGGUCAGCGAAGCAACCCAAUCGAAGUGAGAACCAGCGAAGAUGUUCCGAACGAAGUUGAGCAUCUUCAAUUCGAUGAUAUCAGCGAUCGCGCAUUGACUGUAAAAUGGAGCCCGCCGAGUGAAAUAAACGGAGUGCUAACGAAUUAUCAGCUAAAAUAUAUGAUAAAAGACUUACCGGAGUCAAUGCGAGUUUUGAAUUUCACUUCAGAUGUCUUGUCGAGUAAAGUAGAGCAACUUCAACCAACUACGCAUUACAAAUUUGAGGUAAUCGCCUGGACAUCAAAAGGCCCGGGAAAGCCGCGAGUUGCUACAAUUCAAUCAGGCGUUGAGCCAGUUCUUCCAGAACCACCGUCAAAAUUAGCUCUGUCUAACAUCGAUGCGUUUUCAGUGGUUCUCCAGUUCACACCAGGCUUCGACGGUAAUUCCUCUAUCAUCAAGUGGACCGUUGAAGCGCAAACAAAACGUAAUACUACUUGGUACAAUAUUUAUGAAGUAUCCGAUCCGGAUGCCAGCACAAUUACUGUCAGUGGACUGACUCCAUUCAUGCAGUACAAACUGCGUUUGAUUGCCAACAAUGUCGUAGGUGCUUCUAAGCCUUCUGAGCCAACAAAAGAAUUCCAAACUAUCCAAGCUCCACCUUCGCAUCCACCUAUGAAUGUCACUGUUCGCGCGAUGAGCGCUACUGAAUUACGCGUACGCUGGAUUCCCCUUCAGCAGUUAGAGUGGUACGGCAAUCCACGAGGUUACAAUGUAACUUAUACCGAAGUACGGACCAACAAAUCUCAGAGUAUCACUAUUGACGACCACACUGCCAAUUCCUACGUUCUGGAAAACAUGGAAGAGUUUGCGCUCUACGAAAUUGUAAUGCAGGCAUUCAAUGAUGUCGGAUUUUCUUUACCGAGUCCAAAAGCAAUCGAGAGAACUCGCGAGUCUGUUCCGUCAGUGGGACCAUCAAACGUCGAAGCUAACGCAACUUCCUCGACGACAAUUCUCGUUAAGUGGGGCGAAGUCCCAGUGGAGCAUCAGAAUGGACAAAUCGAGGGCUACAAAGUUUACUACAGCGCAAAUGGACGCUCUUCAUUUCAAUUUAGAAACAUUCCGAAGAACACGACGUUCACCACGACUCUGACUGAGCUGAAAAAAUUCGUCCAGUAUCAUAUUCACGUGCUAGCUUACACGCGACUUGGCGACGGAGCUCUCAGUACUCCGCCAGUUCGAGUUCAGACUUUUGAAGACGUUCCUGGACCUCCGUCUAAUGUUUCUCUGCCUGAUGUGAGUUUCUCCAGCGCUCGGAUCAUCUGGGACACUCCUGAAGAUCCCAAUGGCGAGAUUUUAGGCUACAAGGUCAUGUACUACUUGAAUAACAGCCAAGAAAGACAAUUUUCCAAGGAAGUUGAGGCUGAAGCACGAACUUUCACUGCGACUGGUCUGGAGUCAGAAAAGCACUACAUGUUCUCAGUUACAGCUCAGACAAAACUGGGCUGGGGAAAGACUGCGUUCGCCCUGGUGCUGACGACAAAUAACCGCGAGAGACCACAACCUCCGUCGACGCCGCAGAUCAGCAGGUCUCAGGUACAGAGCAGGCAGAUAACAUUCGCUUGGACACCUGGAACUGAUGGAUCAGCGCCUCUGCGUUAUUACACCGUCCAGAAGUCUGAGAAUGCUGGAGCUUUUCAAGUUAUUCCCGAGCGAGUUGACCCGUCUCUCACGUCCUACACUGUGAAUAAUUUAAAACCAUUUACGUUUUACCAGUUCCGGAUCCAAGCGACGAAUGACAUCGGCCCGUCGGAGUGGAGUGACGAGUCUGCUCAAGUUCAAACUCUUCCUGCGGCUCCUUCGCGGGGAGUAACUGGGCUGAAAGUCGUUCCAAUUACCACGACGAGCAUCGAAGUUCACUGGGACAUGAUCGAGGAGGUCCACUGGAGUGGAGAUCACAACACCGGAGGCUACCGAGUUGUUUAUCAGCCGGUUUCAGACUUUCCGACCGCGCUUGAAGCUACUCCGAAGCAAGAAAUUCAUGGGAUCAAUCAAACUAAAAUGAUUUUGAGCGAUUUGAUGGAGGACAAAAAUUAUGAAAUUGUUGUGCUGCCGUUCAAUUCCGAAGGAGACGGCCCGCCAAGUCCGCCGGUCACUGUCUACGUCGGAGAAGCUGUACCCACUGGGGAACCUCAGGAUCUGAUUGCUGAGCCGAUUUCCUCGACGGAAGUGUUUCUGAAAUGGAAACCACCGCAAGCUAACAUGCAGAAUGGUGACUUACUUGGGUACAAAAUUUUUUACUUGGUCACAGACUCGCCGCAGGUGCUGGAGAAGAAACAAGAAGAAGAAAUCGAGGUCGUACCUGCUACUUCGCUUCAGCACAGUCUUGUUUUUCUUGACAAGUACACUGAAUACAGAGUACAAGUUCUAGCUUUUAAUCCUGCGGGUGAUGGUCCGCGCUCGCCGCCUAUUACUGUUCGAACGAAACAAGACCUACCAGGACCACCCAGCAAUCUUCAUUUCACUGAAAUCACUAUGACGAGUAUGCGUGUGACUUGGGAUCCGCCGAAACUUCGCAAUGGAGAAAUUGUCGGUUAUGUGGUUACUUAUGAAACUGCUGAACAAAAUGACAAGUUUAGCAAGCAAGUUAAGCAAAAAGUCACGGAAACUAGUCUUCUGGUUCAGCCGCUUGAAGAAGAAGUUACUUACACGUUUAUGGUACGUGCUCUGACGAUUGAUUUUGGCCCUCCUGUGUCAGGCAAUAUUACCACUGGUCCCCAAGAAGGCUCUCCAAUGGUCCCCACAGCUCUUACUGUCAGUAAAACUGUCUCCAGUGUCGAGUUGAAAUGGAAAAAUGGCGCUUCUGGAAAAGGACCUAUUCUGGGGUACUACAUUGAAAUCCGUAGAAAAGAUGACUCUCGGUGGCAGACAAUAGGAAAGAGCGACAAUGGACCGCUAGACGACUACACGAUAUCGUACCAAAAUCUUUUACCUUCAACAGCGUAUCUCUUCCGAGUAAUCUCUUACAACCGCUACGGUAUCAGUUAUCCCGCUUACUCAACAGAAACAAUCUUGACACCUUCAAAACUGUAUCUCGAGUACGCAUACCUUCAGCAUCGACCGUUCUACCGGCAGACGUGGUUCAUGGUGACACUCGCGGCCACGUCUGUCGUAAUUAUUAUCAUGGUGGUGGCGAUAUUGUGUGUCAAGAGCAAAAGCUAUAAGUACAAACAGGAAGCGCAAAAAACUUUGGAAGAGUCAAUGGCAAUGGAUAUUGAUGACCGUCAAGAGUCUGAUCUUUCGCUUUACCGCACACGUCCUUCCGGUGGUGCUUUAAGUAUUGGAAAUGGCUGUGGGACUUUGGGUAAACGUGGUACUAUUGCCAGGAAGUCAAUGCACCCACCACCACCACCUUUACACGGUAAAUCCCCGCCAAGGCCUUCUCCGGCUUCCGUUGCUUAUCAUAGUGACGAAGAAAGUCUUAAAGGAUAUGAUGAGAAUCCUGAUGAUAGCAGCGUUACGGAAAAACCUUCUGAAAUUAGUUCAACAGACUCUCAAUAUCAUAAAAUAAUUAAUAGGUUCAGAGAGUGAAAAUGAAAGUGUUCAAUCAGAUCCACAUUCAUUUGUAAACCAUUACGCAAAUGUCAAUGAUUCAUUACGACAAUCAUGGAAAAGACAAAAACCAGUGCGAAAUUAUUCAUCGUAUACUGACUCAGAACCAGAAGGUAGUGCUGUCGUAAGUUUAAACGGCGGUCAAAUAAUAAUGAACAAUAUGGCACGAUCAAGAGCACCGCUGCCUGGUUUCUCGUCAUUCGUUUAA